AUGGCCGCGUCGUCGACGCUGGGCCAGACGCAGCGGUACGCGGCGGGGGCGCUCCUGGCGCUCGCGCUCCGCCAGGCGCAGACCCACCAGACCGUCCUCCUCGGCUCCCACGGCCUCAACGACGAGCAGCCCCACCCCGACCCGGCCUCAGCCGUCGAGCCCGACGCCCGCGACCUCUGGACCCACGAGUCCCGCGGCCUCCUCCGACCCGUCCUCAGGUUUCUUGAGAUCGACCCCAAGGCCUGGGCCGGGGUGGAGAAGACGGCCGCGUCCUCCGAUCCCAAGCACCACAUUGGCGCCUUUCUUCGUAAGGUCGUCGAGGACGAAGACGACGACGAGAAGGCCCGGUCCGAGAGGUCCGACCAGGAGCUGGCGCUCGCCAAGGCCGUCGACGCGAUGGCAAUGGGCCUGGAGAGCAGCAUCGUCGAGUCAGCGGCCGAGGCGCUCAAACCGGGGAGCUGCGGCCCCGACGACGACCCGGCGUCGACGCGCGCCAAGGACUACCGGAAGAUGGCGGUUCUGUACAUGCUCCUCUCGGCGUGCGUCGCCGACGUGAACAUGGCCGAGGAGGGCAUGGGGUCCCCUCGCGUCACCAAGGGCUACGACGCCCGCCACCGCGUCGCGCUGCGGCUGCUCGCCACGUGGCUCGACGUCAAGUGGAACAAGAUGGAAGCUGUCGAGAUAAUGGUUGCUUGCUCUGCUAUGGCUGCAGCAAAGGAGGAAGAGCAGUCACGUGAGAAUUCGUCGCCGAGCAGCAGAUGGGAGAACUGGAAGCGCGGCGGGAUCAUCGGCGCAGCCGCGCUGACAGGAGGAACAUUGAUGGCUAUAUCUGGGGGUUUAGCAGCUCCAGCGAUUGCUGCAGGGUUCACUGCUCUAGUUCCAACGUUGCAUACACUUGUACCUGUAAUCGGAGCUAGCGGUUUUGCUGCUAUAGCUACUGCUGCUGGGCACACUGCUGGCUCUGUAGCGGUUGCAGCAUCGUUUGGAGCUGCUGGAGCUGGGUUGACUGGGACCAAAAUGGCCAAAAGAAUUGGGAAUGUUAAAGAAUUUGAGUUCAAGACCAUCGGCGAGAACCAUAACCAGGGUCGCCUAGCAGUUGGCAUCUUUGUUUCUGGAUUUGCUUUUACGGAGGAGGAUUAUUCGAAGCCAUGGGAAGGAUGGAAAACUAACUUAGAGAGGUACGUUCUGCAGUGGGAGUCCAAGCAUGUAAUUGCCGUCAGCACGGCAAUACAGGAUUGGCUAGCGUCAAGAGUUGCACUGGAGUUGAUAAGGGAAGGUGCAAUGCAGACUGUGUUAAGUGGUAUCAUUUCAGCAUUUGCAUGGCCUGCUACCUUGGUAUCUGCUGCAGAAUUUAUCGACAGCAAAUGGACCAUGGCUAUUGACAGGUCAGAUAAAGCUGCGAAAAUGCUUGCUGAUGUUCUGCUCAAAGGAUUGCAAGGAAGCAGGCCUGUCACUCUGGUCGGGUUUUCGCUAGGAGCACGUGUUGUGUUCAAGUGCUUGCAGGAGUUAGCGCACAUGGGAAAUAAUGAGGGUAUAGUUGAGAGAGCUGUGCUCAUAGGUGCUCCUGUUUCGGUUAAAGGUGAGAUGUGGGAGCCUGCCAGGAAGAUGGUUGCCGGCAGAUUCGUGAACGUCUACUCCACAAACGACUGGAUUCUCGGAAUCACUUUUCGCGCCAGCCUGCUCACGCAAGGUCUGGCUGGCAUCCAGGCCGUGGAUGUCCCUGGAGUAGAAAACGUUGAUGUCACUGAGCUCGUCUUCGGGCACUCUUCCUACCUCUCGCUUGUCCAGCAAAUUCUGGACCACCUUGAGCUGAACAGCUACUACCCGGUGUUCUAUCCCUGCACGCCCAGGACAAAAUAACUGCAGGGAUCGCGGUUCGUCGCUUAUAGAAUUGUAGUAAAUAAAGGGAUGAUCUGUCAGAGGAAUACGCAUGAGAUCGCUGUGCUAAUGUGUUUUUACGACUUGUAGAAACAAAUGGUGCUCGCUUGUUCUAGUGACUAUUUUGCCGGGCACGGGGCAGUGUCUGCCCCUGCCUUAGCGUUCGUUGCGGGCUGCGGCGUUGGAGAUCAAGGUAGAGAGAGGGUGGGUGGGUGGCCGCCGGCCGGG